AUGGCUGCUUGUGUGGCUGUACUUUCUCUUAUGAGGACACUAGAGCUUGAGUUCUUGCAACCUCUGCCUCGUCCAAUCCUACAAGAAAUGGAACUCCUCACCCCUUCCAACAAAGACUUGAUCCAAUCUCUCCAUCAAAGGCUUAGAUUUCUGAUGGAACUCUUUGAUAAGAACAGAAUAGAUGGUGUUGAAGCAAUAAAAGAGUUGGAAACAAAGCUGAGAGAUGUAGCUUUCAGAGUGGAAGAUGAAAUUGAAUUCCAAAUUGCACAUCUUCAUGAAACAGAAGAGGAAUUUGGAAUUGGAACACCACAAGGGGAUGCUGAUGCCCCUAGUCCUUCUUUCAAACUUGGUCUUAUUCUGCAACAAGGAAUGGAAGACAUUGAUGCCGUCAAGAAAGAGUUGGUGAAAAUCAAGAACGAGUACAUGCUGCAAGGAACCGUUGAUGUUCUACCAAUAUCUGCAGCUCAUUCUACCCAACCUGUUUCAGAAAUGGUCGGUAGAGACAAGGAGUUUAAGAUUAUAAAGGCGAUGCUAACGAACCAUUCAUCAAGACGCACAAUUGUUUCGAUUAGAGGUAUGGGAGGUAUUGGUAAGACAAUGUUAACAAGAAGACUUUAUGAAGAUCGGUUAAUUUCCAAUUAUUUUGAUGUGCGAGCCUGGGUUGUUGCAUCACAGCAUCAUAACGAGAGACAAAUGCUUCUUGAUCUUCUUAACUCAUUGGGCUAUACAAAUAAUAGCGGCAGUGAUAAGGAUCUUUCAGCACAACUCCACAAGGCUUUAUCGCGUCAAAGGUACGAUGAAGGGCUUACUACUCACGCUAGAAGCUAUAGGUAG